AUGCUGGUGCCGUCAAAUAUAUUAUUACCGAUCGAAAUAUUACUAAGCACCUUAAUUAACGAGUAUUUGCGAACGUCUUUCUGUUUAACUUUUGUCACAGAAACAGAAUUAAGGACCGAUUUACCAUCAAAUAUCACUUCUAUGCGAUUCAAACCCAAUAAUUCUGAACUUGUACAACAGAUUUUGGAUGCGUCGGAAAAAGCGUGUACCGAUUACAUUAUUCAAAUGGAUCAGCCUCAAGAUUUUAUGAUUGCUUUCGAAAAGGUUAAUCAUAUAGGUGACGUAAGGAGAAGUGACAAGAAACUCAUAUUUGUAGCUUCAGAAGACGAAUUUUACAACGCAAGUGUCCUUAUUGAUCUCUUGUCGCUAAAGGAAACUGGUUACGUCCCUAAUAUUUUGUUAAUAUCACCUACUGUGCAAAGCUCAGCAGAUUGUAAAGUAUACGACAUGAUAACUCACAUAUUUGUCGGUGCCGAGGAACAAAUACAUGAACCUAUCUAUUUGGAUCGCUGGGAUUCUUGCACGGAAUUGUUUGAACAAGGGGCGAAUUUGUUUCCUCAUGACAUGAGGAAUCUGCAGGGAAAGAAGGUUAAAGUGGGAGCAUUUACAUACAAGCCAUAUGUAUUAUUAGACCUGGACCCAUCUUUGGCUCCGCUAGGCCGCGAUGGUAUAGACAUACGCUUCAUAGAGGAAUUUUGCAGGUGGAUCAAUUGUACAGUGGAAAUUGUAAGACCCGACGAUGGACAGGAGUGGGGUGAGAUUUACGAGAACAACACUGGCGUUGGCCUCGUCGGAAAUUUGGUCGAAGAUCGAACAGAGAUAGGAAUCACAUCACUCUAUUCCUGGUAUGAAGAAUACAGGGCAUUGGAUUUUUCAGCUCCAAUCAUAAGAACUGCUGUCACUUGCAUUGCGCCCGCACCUAGGAUAUUGUCAAGCUGGGACUUACCUUUGGUACCAUUCUCAUGGCUGAUGUGGAUGUGUUUGAUAGCCACCUUCUUCUUCGCUUCAUUUGCCCUCUUUGUAGCUCAGAGGUCUACUGACGACAUUUUUUUCGCUACCUUUGGAAACAUGAUAGGCCAGAGUCCCGCAGACUCCAGCUCUUGGCGCAUACGCAGCAUCUCCGCCUGGAUGCUAGUGAUUGGUCUGGUCAUCGACAAUGCGUACAGCGGAGGCCUGGCGUCCAGCUUCACGGUCCCGAAAUACGAAGCCUCGGUAGACACGAUACAGGAUCUGGUGGACCGGAGAAUGGAGUGGGGCGCUCCUGUUGACGCAUGGUUGUAUUCUAUGAUACUUUCUGAAGAGCCUCUAAUCAAGAGUGCGAUAAGCCAAUUUAAGGUUUAUCCCCCAGAAACCUUGACACAAAAGAGCUUUUCAAGGAGUAUGGCGUUUAGCAUUGAACGACUUCCUGCAGGAUCUUUUGCAAUCGGCGAGUACAUAACCAAGGAAGGAGCCAAGAAUCUUGAACUGAUGGUGGAAGAUAUGUACUACGAGCAGUGCGUGGUGAUGACGAGGAAGAGUUCUCCGUACACUGCCAAGCUUACAGAGCUGGUAGGCCGUCUUCAACAAUCUGGUUUGCUGUUGUGUUGGGAAACGCAGAUCGCUUUGAAAUAUUUGGAUUUCAAAGUGCAACUGGAAGUUAGACUAUCUAGAACAAAGAAAGACAUAGAUGGAGUGGAGCCGUUAAACGUCAAACAGCUAUUGGGUAUCUACUUACUCUAUUUCGGAGGACUCUCUAUAUCGAUCGCAGUUUUCAUUGGGGAAUUGCUCAUUAAACGCGCGGCGCUGUAUUCCUGGUACGAGGAAUACAGAGUGUUGGAUUUUUCUGCUCCAAUUAUUAGAACUGCUAUAACUUGCGUCGCACCCGCACCCAGGGUUUUGACAAGCUGGGACCUACCUUUGGUGCCAUUCUCAUGGACAAUGUGGAUGUGUCUGGUGUUCACCUUCUUUUACGCUUCGUUCGCUCUCUCUAUAGCCCAGCGCUCUACCGACAAUGUCUUCUUAGACACGUUUGGGAUGAUGAUCACUCAAACUCGCGAGGACGCAACCUCCUGGCGCAUACGCAGCAUCACCGGCUGGAUGCUGGUGACAGGUCUCAUCAUCGACAACGCUUAUGGCGGCGGCCUUGCGUCCAGCUUCACGGUGCCCAAGUACGAAACCUCGAUAGACACGGUCGAAGACUUGGUGGAUAGGAGGAUGGAGUGGGGCGCUACACAUGAUGCUUGGAUAUUUUCUAUCAUCCUCUCUGAGGAGCCUCUGAUCAAGAGUUUGCUCAGUCAAUUUAAAACUUAUCCAGCAGACAUUUUAAAACAGAAGAGCUUUUCAAGAAGUAUGGCUUUUAGCAUUGAACAUCUUCCAGCAGGAUACUUCGCGAUCGGCGAAUACAUAACCAAAGAAGCGGCGAUGGAUCUCGAAAUAAUGCUGGACAAAGUGUAUUACGAACAGUGCGUCGUGAUGUUGAGGAAGAGUUCUCCAUAUACCGCCAAACUCAGCGAGUUGGUUGGCCGCCUUCACCAGUCGGGGCUUAUGCUGUCUUGGGAGACGCAGGUGGCAUUGAAAUAUCUAGAUUUCAAAGUACAAUUGGAAGUGAGGUUGUCUAGAGCAAGAAAAGAUUUGGAAGAAAUUGAGCCGUUAAGCUUAAAAAAGCUUUUGGGCAUCUACAUAUUUUACUUCGGAGGAGUGGCUAUAGCACUAUUAGUGUUCGUAUGGGAAUUAUUGUGUAAAUGCAGCAAGCCUUCAAUAGUAUUAUAAAUUAUAUAAACAUACAUUAUUUUAAUUUACAAAGGUAAAUGUAUUUCACCUUCAGGGACUACCAGGUUGCUUACGUAUCUUGCGAUUUGCAAUAUAAAUUUUACUGAAAACGAGGUGGUAACUAGGUACGAGUACUAUAAUCCAGGGGGAGAUAUACGGGACUUUACGGUAGGUAGGUACCUAAUGGUACUUAGCGAUUAAAAUUGGUUUAAUUUUUUUAA